CUGCAUUAGCGUUAAGCAAUUACUUCCUGUCAAAUGUUAACCCGAAUUUACGUACGUGUGACUUUCACUUCAACACAGAAAUAGAUUGAUGUCAUAGGUUAACAAUGGAGAAGCGGGAGAAGUAUUCAUUGGAGACCGUCCCCGCUCGGGUAAAUAAAAUUGUUGUAAAAGGUAUUAACAAGACCAAAGAUGAGUUUUUACAGAAGAAACUACAGACCAUCUUUAAGGCAGAAAAUGUUCUUCAGAUGUUUAUUCUGUGUAAGGCAGCUGAGACUGAACUCAAAAGACUGGACAUCUUUAAAUCGAUACAGAUUGUAAUAGACACAUCUAAAAAUGUGGAUGGAGACAACAAAUAUGACGUGUUGUUUAAUGUGAAGGAGAAUAGAUGGCUCUACGGCGGUGCUCAUACCACAUUUGGUGGUGACAAUAAUGCCACAAUGGUGGGUAGCCUUGCUUUACCAAACACGUUUGGCAGAGCUGAGAAUGUGAGACUGGAAUACAACAGAAGUCUGAAGGGGGAUCAUGGAGGGGCAUUCCGCUUCUCUAAACCGCUGAAUGGCAACCCCGAUGUCAGAUUUUCUACAUCUGUGUAUGAAAUGAACUUGGAGUAUCCAUGGAGUGGAUUCAAAGAAAAGUCUAGAGGCAUCAACAUGGACUUCACUUUUCCAUCCAGCCUAGGAAAGCACUGUCUUCGAUGGGAAGGGAUCUGGAGAGAUCUCCGAGCGCUCAGUCGAACAACAUCCUUCACUGUGCGAGAACAGGCUGGUCAUUCCUUAAAGUCUAGUCUCAAGCAUCAGUUCACACGAGAUGAGAGAGACGCUCCCAUAUUACCAAGUAAAGGAGCUUUGUUUAAAAUGGAACAGGAGUUUGCGGGUCUUGGAGGAAAUGUAGAGUUCUUCAAGCACGACAUGGAACUUCAGUUCAACCAAAAGCUUGUACUAGACACAGUCAUACAGAUGUCUCUGGCUGGAGGAGUUGUGAAGAAUCCCAAUCCUAAUGAAGAAAUACGCAUCAACGAUCGCUUCUUCCUGGGGGGUCCGUUAACGCUUCGUGGAUUUAACGCCCGGGGAGUUGGUCCCCACAGUGAUGAAAAUGCCCUAGGUGGUGAAACAUAUUGGGCAGGCGGCCUUCAUCUUUACACACCAUUACCUUUCCGACCAGGAAAAGGAGGAUUUGGCGAUUUUUUCCGAUCACAUUUCUUCAUCAAUGCUGGCAAUGUUUAUAACUUACAAUCAGAUAAGUCUGUGCUGGAGAACCUUAAGGGGCUCUCAGAUGAAUUCCGAUUGUCAUAUGGAGCAGGGAUUGUACUGAUGCUGGGAAAUUUAGCACGAAUGGAAUUAAAUUACGUUGUACCCCUCAGGGCUCAGGCUCGGGACAGUGUUAACACAGGCCUGCAGUUUGGAAUUGGAGUAAAUUUUCUGUGAUAUCAUGUAUCAUGUAAUCAACAGGGCAUCAUGUGACUUGCCACUACGCUGUGUAAUAAAUUUUUGUUUUGUGUAUGAAAGAGAAGGACUGGAAAUAAAGAUGAAGACAUUGGU